AAUCUUCAGUAUCGUAAUUAUUUUUCAUGAAAUGGGGUUGGCAACUGUCAAAGGUUUGCAUAGAUGGCGCCAUCAUAGCUUGCCCCUGUCUCUAGUUUUGUUCUAUGAGAUUUGGCUUAAAGUACUGGAAUCCAGGUCACAAAAUUCCAAAAAAAAAAACAAGAAUUUGACACAAUUCUAGGGAUUCACAGGGCAAGCUAUGAUGGCGCCAUCUGUUUAAUACUUCGACCGGCCAACCCCAUUAGUGUAGGUAUUUGUAUUAAUUGGCAUUUGGUAAAAGUGGGUAGCAUUACAUUGGGAUAUAAUAAACCAGUCUUAGCUCGACGCCCGUGUUUAAUUCACGACUCCCAAACUGCAUACCUUGACAUGGCGCAGCCGGUACCUAAGUGAAAUUAUAUUGAGAUAAAGUGGAUUUCGUUGUUUUGUGCGGCUAAUAAAUGACAAACGGUGAAAGUGAGCAGUUUGCCGAUUCUUAGGGAGGAUAUCGUCGUCAUUUCUUUAACAAUGGAGUCAGUUUUACAACCACCGCCGCCAUUCUCGUUUGAGAAUAAUCUAGUUAAUGUGACAUCCGGAAAUUUAAGUGCUGAGUGGGACAAUUGGAAGAAAUCUUUUAAAAUCUAUUACGAAGCAUGUGAACUUUCGACGAAACCUAAAAAAGUGCAAGUGAAUAUAUUGUUGCAUGUCAUCGGAACCAAAUGUCGUGAAGUGUACGAGCAAUUUACAAACGAGGAGACGGAUACGGUGGAAGACUUGCUAAAAAAGUUCGACGCGUUUUUUGUUCCGGUAAAAAAUUUGGCAGUCGAAAGGCAUAAAUUUUUUAAAAGAGAUCAGAAGGACUUAGAGUCAACCGAACAGUACAUUUUUGAAUUAAAUAAAAUAGCUGCCAAAUGCGAGUUUGGAGAAUUGCGUGAUGGUUUAGUGUGUAGCAGGUUCAUAUGUGGUGUAAAAGAGGUGACCCUUUCGGAACGGAUGUUGAGGGAACCGGACAUUUCAUUAAAGAAAGCAAUCGACAUAUGCAAGUUAGCAGAGAUGUCUAAAAUACACGCAUUAAAUAUAAAGACAAAUAGUGUCGAACAGCACGUACACGAAGUUUCACAAAACAAUAAUCAAUCCGGAACUACAACCUGUGACGUGCAUGUAGUUAACAGACGUUAUGCCUCAGCCGCUAUAAACCGCCCGCGCCGGCCGUCUCACACACCGAUGCGAUCAAACGCGCCCAGCGGGGCUCGGGAGCAUCAGACAUAUCACACCAGAUCUUCAUUUUAUACCCCUAACCCCAGAGAGAAGACGUUUAAUCUUCAUAACAAUCCAUCACCGCAAGCAACGUCAAGUGAACCGCAGAGAACUUUUAACGGCUGUAGUAAUUGCGGUCAUGCGCACCGAAGGAUGGAAUGCCCCGCGUUCGGAGUACGGUGUAACAAUUGCAAUCGGAUGAAUCACUAUGCGAGAAUGUGUCGAUCGUCGCGUCGCGUGUACGAAAUACAGGAGGACUCCACCGAUCAGGACAGUGCGACCUCCUGAUCGGUGGGGAUACCCCUCCACGUCCACCACCGUCAAUCGUGUCACGUGAGCCAUGACUUUCGUUUUUAUUGUUAGCAUAAGUGUGUUUAGCAUAAAGUGUGCAUGUAAUUAAUAAGAGAUUUGAUGAAACAAUACUUUAAUUACCUAAGCAACAAAAUGUAUGUAUUGUAAAAAAAUAAUUAAAAAAAAAAAAAAACUAUGUACAUUCCAUAAGCUCAUUACUCCUAGGUACCUACAUAGUCAAUUGUGCUUUGACAGUGACUAAAAAUAUUUUGCAAACUUCAAGUAGGUAUGUUCUUAUAUUGACAUAUUUGUCAUAUAAUAUAAAUAUUAAUAAAAUAAGAAUUUAAAAUAUAAACAUGCAUAAAAUUCUAUAUGUAUUUGGUGUUAUAAUUAUAAGUACUGCAUGAGAGUCAUGUUAUUUUUAAUACAUUUGUAAAACUAAAUUUCUAUCAACUUGCUUCAACGUAAGAGAUAUUCAAGUUUAGAUUUAGUAGUAGGUAAGCAUGAUAUAAUCAAAUUGGCAUGUGAUAAAUUUCCAAUUAAUAAUAUUCAAUUACCUCCUUCUUGCAUCUGUGUAAGAAGAUGGACUUAAUGUUAUUUUAGUUGUAAUUUUCCACACACGUUUACAAUCAAAUUCAUAGUCAUGUUGCUGUUAUGCAAGUGUUUACAAACAAUAACAGUACGUACUACCUACCUAGUAUAUAGUCUAAGGUGUGUGUUUAAUAACCCUUUUUAUCCGUCACCAACCGCUGUGAGAUAACACGCGUAUUAAUGUAAAACAAACUUUCUGGCAUUUAAAUAAAGUUUAUAAUUGCGUUUAUUUCUGUGGGGGAUGGAAAGGUGAUUUAAACAUUCUGAUCACUACAUGGUGUUCUAUUUAAAUUAUUUAAUUUUUCAAAGAAGGAGGUUGUAGGUAUUUGUAUUAAUUGGCAUUUGGUAAAAGUGGGUAGCAUUACAUUGGGAUAUAAUAAACCAGUCUUAGCUCGA